CUGCCAGCGCUUCGUUGGAGUAACAUGGGUUACCAACAUACUUUUGAAUCGAUGUCUUGACAGGUCUUACCAUUAUGUAUUUACGUAAUGGGAAAUGCUGAAUAUUUUGUUGCUCAGAAGCGUGUAUCGUGGAUUUGUAAAUUGCUGACAUUCUGAUUUAAAUAUGUGAAUGUGUUGAUCAACACACAAGAUGGGGUCAAUAUUUUCAAACACAGUAGUAGAGAAUCUGAAGAAGCACCAAGAUUUUAUGACUGAAAUGAAUAAAAUCACGGUGGAACGCCAGAUUCAAAUGCAGAAUCAGAUGCGUGAAAGGUUGAUGGCGAUGCAGGUAGCUCGAGCCAGGGAGCUCUUGUAUUGGUUUGGCUCAUUUUAUGUUGUGGCUGCUGCGGGGAUGAUGGCUGGGUUUCGGCGUACAAGAAAGCCUGGAGUUUUGGUUCCUUUGCUUCCUCUGUCAUUUAUUGCAGCAUAUCAGGCAGAUAUGGCAUAUGGAAACAAAUUGCACAGAAUUAGAUCGGAAGCUGAAAACAUAAUGCAGUUUGAAAUGGACUUACUAGAGUUACCAUGUGGAUUGCCAUCUGCCUCAUCUAUUGAUCAAGCGAGACUUGAUAAUGAUGAAAAGAAGAAACUUCACCCAUCGGUGCCUCCUAUAUAAGCUGGACUUUUAAUAUAGAAUGUAUAGAAAAUGUUUAUAGAUUGGUGUUGCAUAGUGUUUGUCAUUUAUACAUUUCAAUGUUUUGAGGCAGAUGUGUUUCAAUCAUAAUACUUCAUAACAAAGAUCAGAUCAAUGUUGUUGGAUUAUGUACAGUGUGUCCACAAAGUCCCUUCGGGGUUUUGAAAAAUUGUGGUGCGCAA